AGGAGAGAGAGGUUUUGUUUUAUGGAUUUGGUGCCAAGAAAGAAAGAAAGAAAACAUAUUUUUGUGAAUAUUGAAGGGAAGGAGUUUUUGGGUUUUUGGUUAUGUGUACUCCAAAUUCUGUGCCCUUUUUGGAGCACCCAGUUUUGAUUCUAAUCUCUUUAAAAAAUUUCUAGAGAGAGAGAGAAAACCAACCAAACAAACAACAAAAACCCAUUUCCAUUUCUAAAUCCAUUCUUCCAUUGAAAAAGAAAAGAGAGAUUGAAUUGAAAGAUUGAAUUCUUUGUUCUUAUUUUCUCUUCUCUUUCCUUUUUCUCUUCUCUUUCCAUUUCCCAUAUUCCCGAUAUUUCUUCUCCACAGCAAAUCCCGGAGCUUUUCCGGGAUUGAAGAGAAGCAACCAAGUUAAUUUCUCUGUUACUACUACCCCUUUUUCAAUUUUUUAGAACAAUCCCACAAACCAUAGCUUGGGUUUUGAUCAAUAUCCUGUUUUGUUCUUGAUCAGAUCCUUAAUUUUCAUAAAAAGAAGGAACGAAAUCGAGCACCAAUACUUACUCUACACACAUUAACCAACUCGUUUUUUGUGUUUAAACGGAUGAAACUCCGACUGUUAAUGGGUUUGUUGCUAACGAUUUUUUCUGGGAAUCGGAUUCUUGUGGUGCUGGAUUAGUGUUAGAUAAGGCGGGCUUUUCUGUUUUGGGUGUUGGUUUCUUUCAAAACCCAUCUUCAAUCAACUGGGUUGAACCCCAAUUGCUUGCGUUUUCUUCAUAUUUAGGUUUUUGUUUUCUCACGGCGAUGGAAUUCCCACUUCGAUUCUGAGUAUUUCGUUGGAAUUUCAUCUGGGUUUGAUCAAAGGUUAGUUUCUCCAGAUUCCGAUCAUGGCUGCCAAGUCUGGGUCCCUUGAUUCCUGGAGGAAUUACUUCCGGAAUGCGAAUUCGGAUAUUUUUGGUAUUAUCGAUUACGCAAUUUUGGUGGCGGCUUCCGAUUGUCCUAAGGAGUUCAGGUUGAGGAGAGAUCGAAUUGCAGAGCAGUUGUUCUCUUGCCGAUUGACUCGUUGUUUGGGCUGUGACCGAGUGGAGCUGGCGGUGGCCGGAGACAUCGACGGAGGUGAAACGGGUUUCAAGAGCGAUUUCGCCGGAGAUGGGUGUGAGUUUGAGGCUGGUGGGAGCAAAGAGAGCAAGGUUUAUAGUAGUAGAGAUGAUAUAGGGGAGAUGAAUUGCAACCGGGUUAGUAAUUUUAGCUUUGGUGAAGCUGAAGCAUUGACUGAUGAAAUUGAGCAAGAAUCUCAGAUUGUAGGAGAGGUUUUGAGGAUCAAAGAGAUUCUUAAUAAUUUUGAAGAUGAGUCUGAUUCGGUGUUGUUUGAAUCACUUAGAAGACUUGAAUUGAUGGCUCUAUCAGUUGAUACUUUGCAGGCAACUGAGAUUGGCAAAGCUGUUAAUUGUCUUCGAAAGCAUGGAUCAAAGCGCAUCCGCCAUCUUGCUCGAGUUCUUAUCAUGGAGUGGAAAGACAUGGUGGACGUGUGGGUACAAGCUACAGCUGCUGUUCAAGGUGCAGAGGUCACACCGGAUUCCAAAAGCAAGUCUGCUGCGGUAAAAGAAGAAGAUGAUUAUGAAGAAGAAGGCCUUCCCUCGCCUCCUUUAGAUGAAGCUGCAUUUUUUACCACUCAGCCCACAUCUAUGGAGCUCUCACAAUUCUUUGAUGGCAUGGACGAUGAUGGAAAUCCUCGAAAUAGUGGGGACUUCGUCAAGUACCGCAAUAAUGUGAGAAAAACUUCAAAUGGCAAUCAAAACCCUACAAGGUGUAACCAACAAACCACUCGAGAGGUUAAUGUGCUUUCUAAGGAAAAUAAGACUCAAAUGAAGGAACAAGUUGUGAAGCCAAAUAAUAAGCCAUCCUCAAACACAAAUUCUGGGCUUUUGAGGCAACAGAAGCUAAGCACAGAACAGAAGGACAACCAUGAGAAGUUCCAGCGCAAAUUGGAAAAACCUACAAUCCCAAAGAGGAAUCAGCAAGAUAACUUCAAGUGCUCGGAUGAGGUUGCAGUUCAAGUGAAGCUAGAAGCUACAAAAAGGAAACUCCAAGAGAGUUACCAACAAGCUGAAAACGCCAAGAAGCAGCGUACAAUACAGGUUAUGGAAUUACACGAUCUUCCCAAGCAAGGAAUUGGCCAUAGAAAUCCACACCUAAAAUCUGGAGGCUUCAACCGGCAUUGGACAAAUGGGCGGCGUUAGGAUCGUCAAUGUAAUAAGGUAGAAGACUAAUGCUUCCAGCAUUACUGUUUGAGUGACUUCCAUCUAGAAUCAGGUGGAAGAUCAUGAUGCUAAAGCUCCCUGGCAAACAGUGUCUUGACCGACUUCGCUUGAAGGUAAACAACAAAAAACUUGGUUUCAGUCUGUCGUGCCAGAGAAGGCGAUUCCGAUCUCGAGGAGAGUUGGAACUAAAAAAAAAAAAAAGCCCAUUUCCUACUUUAAGUACAUUUUCAAGUAUAGAGAAUUUCUAAUUGGAAUUUGGGAGGCAAAAUUAUAUAGCAUUAUCAGUGGUUGUUCUGGGAGUUUUGACUUGGUUAUCUCUUACAUAAUGACUGUAUAGAACCCCUCAUUUGAUAUCCUCUUCACUUACUUCACUGACUACUUCUCUUAUAGACAUUUUCUUCCUUCUUUCUUACAUGGAAGACUUAUUCCUUCCAUACUGUGAAAUUAAUGAUAAUGUAAGAUAAAUUGCACAAAAACCAAGGUGCAUUCCCAUAAACAGUAUAAAGUCAUCUCUGUAUACUUCUUCUUCUUCAUAUGAAUGCGAAUAAUUGUUCUCACAA